AAUGAUUAAGUUUGGAAAAUGGAGUUCAGGAUUACUCAGAACAGCAAAUAAGCCUUUGAUGCUGUAUAACAGAGCUUUCUUCUCUUCUUCAAGAGAGCCAAAGACUGCUAUUUUGAUGAUGAAUCUUGGAGGACCAAAGAGGUCUAAGGAUGCAGCUCAAUUUAUGUAUAACAUGUUUACUGAUCCUCAGACAGUUCCAAUCUUUAAGAGAGUUCCAAACUUUCUUGUCAAGAAGUUCUGUGAAAGAAGAGCAGCAAAAGGAGUAAUGCAAAAGUAUGAUGAAAUUGGAGGAGGAACUCCUCUCUACGACUGGACUGAUAAGCAAGGAAAAGCUUUAUGUGAAGAAUUAGAUAAGAUGUCACCAGAAACUGCACCUCACAAGCACUAUACUGCUUUUAGAUACUCAAGUCCUAAUGUGAGUGAGGCUGUAGAGCAAGCUGUUAAAGAUGGAGUUAAAAAUUUGGUUGGAUUUUCCCAAUAUCCACAAUAUUCAUGUUCAACUACUAAUAGCUCCAUUCAAGAAUUCCAUAGGUCAGUUGAGAAGGUUAAGCCAAAGGACGUCAAAGUCUCGGUGAUAGAUAGAUGGUACCAAAAUCAAAAAUAUGUGGAUGUAUUAGCAAGACUAUUAGCAAAAGACUUCAAUAAGAAAUUUACUAAAGAAGAGCAGAAAACUGCAUUGAUCUUGUUUACAGCACAUUCAUUACCUCAAUCUUUCGUAGACAAGGGUGACUCUUACCCAUAUGAGAUCUAUAAUACCGCCCAGGCUGUCAUGAAAGUCUUGAAAGAAAAAUAUCACAUCGAGAAUCCAUACAGGGUGGUAUGGCAAUCAAGAAUUGGAGCUAAAUGGCUCAGUCCAUCCCUCACGGAUACUAUUAAAAAGCUUCCAAAGAAAGGAUGGCAAAAUGUCAUAGUUUCUCCUCUUGGAUUUACUUCAGAUCAUAUUGAGACCCUCCAUGAACUUGACAUUGAGAUGAUGGAAGAUGCAGAGAAAGCUGGAUUGAAGAAUGUUAAAAGAGCACAAAGUCUCAAUGCUUACCCUGAUUUCAUUGAUGCAUUAGCAGAUAUUGCCAACAGACACUUGAACAAUGGAGAAUAUACUUCAAAGCAGCUUUUGCUUAGAUGUCCAUUCUGCACAAAUCCAGAGUGUGAUAGAUUGAGGAAAGCAUAUGAGUCUAUUUAUUAAUCCUCGAGAAUUUCAAUAAAAA